AUGUCUUUUGGCGGCGACAACAACGAUCAGUACGGCUCUCGCCGCUCUGACAGAGACCAAUUCGGCUCUGGAAAUGAUACAUUCGGCUCUGGAGACUCUUAUGGCUCCGGCACCCGCCGCAACGAUGAGACUUCGUUCGGCACCGGCGGUCAGGGCGAGUUCGGCUCCAGUGGUCAACAAGGCGAAUUCGGCUCCGGCGGUCGACAAGGCGAGUUCGGCUCCGGCAUGCGCCGCAAUGACGAGACUUCAUUCGGCACCAGCGGCCAGGGCGACACCUUUGGCUCCGGCACCGACCAAUAUGGCUCCUCUGGCAACACCUUUGGAGGCUCCGGCAAUGACCAGUUUGGUUCUUCCGGCACCGACACAUACGGCUCCGGCAACCGCGGCCAAGAGUCUUCUUUCGGCCGCCGUCAGGAGGAGCCGUAUGGAUCGUCAGACACUUAUAGAUCCAGCGGCCAAGGCGACACGUACGGCUCGCAGAACCGUGGCGAGACGUAUGGCUCUUCUGGAAACCAGUCUUCGGGCUUUGGUUCCUCUGGCGAUAGGAACGAGAGGACUGAGAAGAGCGGGAAGAGUGGGAAGGGUGAGGGUCUUCUUGAGAAGGUGAAGGAUAAGGUGACGCACAUGGGCCACUAA